AUGGUACGUUCAGGUUAUUCAUUACUCCAGGCAAUCUCGGCGCACUUGAGACCCUCUGAUUCUUUUAUAAACACAGAAACUAACACUCUACCGCAGGCAAGACAAUUUUUCGUUGGAGGAAACUUCAAAAUGAACGGCUCUAAGGAGUCGAUCCAAACCAUUGUUAAGAACCUCAAUUCCGCUUCUCUUCCUUCAAAUGUGGAGGUUGUGAUUGCUCCUCCAGCCCCAUACCUUUUCUGGGCUUCUGAGCACAACAAGCAAUCCACCGUUGAGAUUUCUGCCCAAAACUGCUUUGACAAGGCCUCCGGUGCUUACACCGGUGAAAUCUCCGCAGUCUCUUUGAAGGACUUGGGUAUUCCAUGGGUUAUCUUGGGACACUCUGAGAGAAGAACCAUUUUCAAGGAGACCGACGAAUUGAUCGCUUCGAAGACCAAGUUUGCUUUGGACUCCGGUUUGAAGGUGAUCUUGUGUAUUGGUGAGACCUUGGAGGAGAAGAAAGCUGGAAAGACUCUCGAGGUCUGCAAGAGACAGUUGAAGGCUGUGACCGAUGUUGUCUCCGACUGGACCAACAUCGUCAUCGCUUACGAGCCUGUUUGGGCUAUUGGUACCGGUCUUGCUGCCACCGCAGAAGACGCACAAGAAAUCCACAAGGACAUUAGAGAGUACUUGAGUACUGUUAUCGGUUCCCAAUCCGAGAGCGUCAGAAUCUUGUACGGUGGCUCUGUGAGCGGUAAGAACGCCAAAGACUUCAAGGACAAGACCGACGUGGACGGGUUCCUUGUUGGAGGAGCUUCUUUGAAGCCAGAGUUCGUUGACAUCAUUAAAUCCAGAGAGUAA